AUGGACACUGCUUCGUCUAAAAUGACGUGGAAGACUUUUGAGCGCCGCAUGGCCAUCUAUGACGAUAAAGUCGUCAAAAGCGAGAUCUCCGAGGAGGAGCUCAUACAUCGCGCGGACGGCAGCAUCGUCCAACCCUUCUGGGCCAAGGAGCGAUUGCAAAAUGAGGCCGCAACCCUUGAGUUUAUAUCCAAAAACACGUCUAUUCCGGUACCCAAGUAUCGGCUCUACUCCAAGGACGGCCUCCUUCACCUUGAAACGCAAUUCAUUGACGGGGUGGAACUCAGCGAGAUCGACGAAGCGUCUCGACCAACCGCAAUAGCAGCUGUACAUGAUCAGUUGACCCGUACGAUUAUACCGCAACUUCAGGCGCUGCGUCGAAAUUCCAUUGGGAGCGUUGACCCUACCCUCCCGGUAGUCCCGCCGCAGCGAGUGUACAUGCGUGAUAGACGACCAUGGGAAAAAGUGACGUCGGAUACUGAUUGCUUCGUGUUAUGCCACAACGAUCUUGGUCCUCAGAAUAUCCUUAUUUGUCCGUCUAGUUUCCAGAUUGUCGGGAUUAUUGACUGGGAGUAUGCAGGGUAUUUUCCUUCGUAUUUUGAGAUUCCUUUGUGGAAGACAGUGGGCUGGAAGGAGAGGUGGGAAGUCUAUCACGAGGCGGAGGCUCGUGAACUUGCGUUUUUUGGACUCAAGCGCGAGGAUUUGAAAGACUGUAUCCCGCCGCCGCCUUGA